AUGAUAGAGAGGGACAAGGAGCCACUUCUGGCAGAGCUCAUUGAACCCAGUGAGACAGAAUCCCUGGGAACAGAUGACAAAAGAGAAGCACAAGUUUGUGCUCUCCACUUACUCUCAUGGUAUCAUGAGCCUCUUCAGGAAAGUUAUACUGAAUGUACUACAGUGAAUAAGGUCAGAGACGAAACUCAGAAGAGCUGCGCACGACGGGCAGAAGGGGCUGCUGGGCGCCAUCACCGGCGACCUUUGCGGCCACCUGAGGAGCUGGGGCGCGUUGGGGACGAACCGAGCGCUGCGCCAGGGCACGAGAGGCUUGAUCGUCUCUUUAUUCUACUGGACACCGGUACGACGCCAGUAACAAGAAAAGCAGCUGCACAGCAACUUGGAGAAGUAGUGAAACUGCAUCCUCAUGAACUCAACAAUCUCUUAUCUAAAGUGCUAGUAUAUUUAAGAAGUACCAAUUGGGAUACUCGUAUCGCAGCUGGCCAAGCUGUUGAAGCAAUAGUGAAAAAUGUACCUGAGUGGAAUCCAACUCCAAGAUCAAAACAAGAACCAGGCUCCGAAAGUCCCGUGGAAGAUUCACUCUCAACUGAUCGGUUACGUUUUGACAGAUUUGAUAUAUGUCGCUUGCUGAAACACGGUGCAUCUCUUCUUGGGUCUGCUGGUGCAGAGUUUGAGGUCCAAGAUGAUAAAUCAGGUGAAAUUGAUCCUAAAGAAAGGAUAGCACGACAGAGGAAACUGUUACAAAAGAAACUUGGCCUUGAUAUGGGUGCUGCAAUUGGAAUGAAUACUGAAGACCUCUUCAAUGAUGAAGACUUGGAUUAUUCUCCUUCUUCAGUUUCACUUGUUAACAAACAACCUACUCUUCAGGCUGCAGAGUUAAUUGACUCGGAGUUUCGAGCUGGUAUGAGCAGUAGACAAAAGAACAAAGCCAAAAGAAUGGCUAAGCUGUUUGCAAAGCAAAGAUCCAGAGAUGCAGUGGAAGCCAAUGAGAAGAGUAAUGAUAGCACUGAUGGGGAACCAGAAGAAAAGAGAAGGAAAGUUGCAAGUGUUGUCAUUAACCAACCUGCCACAGACUCAAAAACAUUGGUAGAAAAUGCUCCGGAAGAGGCAAAUGAGUGGCCUCUAGAAAGCUUUUGUGAAGAGGUGUGCAAUGAUCUCUUUAACCCAUCCUGGGAGGUUCGACAUGGUGCAGGUACUGGGCUAAGAGAGAUACUUAAAGCUCAUGGUAAAAGUGGUGGUAAAAUAGGAGACAGCUCUUUAGAAGAGAUGAUUCAGCAGCAUCAGGAGUGGCUAGAAGACUUGGUUAUUAGACUUCUCUGUGUGUUUGCAUUAGACAGAUUUGGAGACUUUGUGUCAGAUGAAGUCGUAGCACCAGUACGUGAGACCUGUGCACAGACUUUGGGAGUUGUGUUGAAACAUAUGAAUGAGACUGGAGUUCAUAAAACUGUGGAUGUUCUCCUGAAGCUGCUUACACAAGAACAGUGGGAAGUGAGACAUGGUGGUCUUCUGGGAAUCAAGUAUGCUUUGGCCGUGCGUCAGGAUAUGAUCAACACUUUAUUGCCUAAAGUCUUGCCUGCAAUAAUUGAAGGUCUCCAGGAUUUAGAUGAUGAUGUCCGAGCUGUUGCUGCAGCGUCUUUAGUACCGGUAGUGGAAAGCCUGGUUCACCUUCAGUCUCAGAAGGUGCCCUUUAUUCUCAAUACGUUGUGGGAUGCGCUUCUGGAGUUGGAUGACUUGACAGCUUCCACAAACAGUAUCAUGAUCCUUCUUUCUUCCCUUCUAACAUAUCCUCAGGUCCGAAAAUGCAGUGAACUUACAUCAUCUGUGCUGAAGGUAUGGCUGGAACUGUUAAACAAGGCAUCUGUGCAAUAUGUGGUUGCAGCUGCUUGCCCGUGGAUGGGAGCCUGGCUCUGCUUAAUGAUGCAGCCAUCUCAUUUGCCUAUCGACUUAAACAUGUUGUUGGAAGUGAAAACCAGAUCAAAAGAGAAAGCAAGCUCUAAGCUGCGUCAAGGUCAAACCCAGAAUAAGGAAGUGAUUCAGGAAUAUAUUGCUGGGGCAGAGAGCAUUGCAGAAGAUUCAACAACCAGGGAUUAUGUUGUCAUGCGAGCUCGGAUGAUGGCAGCUAAGUUGCUGGGAGCACUUUGUUGCUGUAUUUGCGACCCGGGUGUAAAUACUGUUACUCAAGAAAUAAAGCCAGCUGAAUCACUAGCUCAGCUACUGCUCUUCCAUUUGAAUUCCAAAUCUGCCUUGCAGAGGAUUAGUGUCGCAUUAGUAAUCUGUGAGUGGGCAGCCUUGCAAAAGGAGUGUAAAACUGUGGCCAUUUGCGUGCAGCCACGUUUACUUGGAGUCCUUUCUGAGCACCUCUAUUACGAUGAAAUUGCUGUUCCUUUUACACGAAUGCAGAAUGAGUGUAAACAGCUCAUCUCACUCUUCGCUGAUGCUCACAUUGACAUUGGCAACAGAAUAAACUCUAGUGUAUUUACAAUAGACCAAGCAAAUGAGCUGGUUACGUCUGUUUUCAAUGAAGUGACAUCAUCCUUUACUCUGAGCCCUAAAGUUCUGCAGCAGUUGGAUAGCAAACGACAGCAAGUGCAGAUGACUGUUAAUGAAACAAAUCAAGAAUGGCAAGUGUUGCAUCUGCGAGUCCAUACUUUUGCAGCAUGUGCAGUUGUGAACUUGCAGCAACUUCCAGAAAAGUUAAAUCCUGUUAUAAAACCCUUAAUGGAAGCUAUUAAAAAAGAAGAGAAUACACUGGUACAAAAUUAUGUGGCUUCGUGUAUAGCUAAGCUACUUCAGCAGUGCACGCUAAGGUCUCCUUGCCCCAACUCAAAAAUUAUAAAAAAUCUUUGUAAUUCUCUCUGCGUGGAUCCACAUCUUACCCCAUUAGCAGCGUGUCCUGCACAGCCUCAGGGCAGCCAUGAAAAUUCAAAAGGGCCCAACUCUGAUAAAGAUGGGAUGCAUCAUACAGUUACUAAGCACAGGGGAAUAAUUACACUGUACAGACACCAGAAAGCUGCUUUUGCCAUCACAAGUCGACGAGGUCCUACUCCAAAAGCUCCAAAAGCCCCAAUUGCAGAUCUUCCCACCGGCAGUACUGGGAGUAUUCCUACUGAGCUCGAUGAGGCUCAGAAACCGUAUGUUGUACAGAGAAGAGGAGCAGAAUUUGCCUUAUCAACUAUAGCUAAACACUUUGGUGCUGAAAUGGCAACAGGAUUGCCACAUCUCUGGGAUGCUAUGGUUGGUUCAUUACGGAACAACAUUCACAUAAACAAUUUUGAUCGAAAGUCUUUACUGGAAAAAGGAGAUGCUCCUGCCCAGGAACUUGUGAAUUCUUUACAGGUUUUUGAAACAACAGCAGCUUCAAUGGAUUUUCAGCUUCAUCCUCUGUUAAUUCAGCAUUUGCCUCAUCUUUACAUGUGCCUUCAACAUCCCAGCACUGCAGUGAGACACAUGGCUGCUCGUUGUGUAGGUGUUAUGAGCAAAAUAGCUACCAUGGAAACAAUGAAUAUUUUCCUAGAGAAAGUUCUGCCAUGGCUGGGAGCAAUAGAUGACAACACCAAGCAAGAAGGUGCAAUUGAAGCCCUUGCAUGUGUAAUGGAACAGUUGGAUGUCGGAAUUGUUCCAUAUAUCGUUCUUCUGGUUGUUCCAGUCCUGGGUAGGAUGAGCGACCAGACGGACAGUGUGCGUUUCAUGGCGACGCAGUGCUUUGCAACGCUGAUUAGGCUAAUGCCCCUUGAGGUAAGUAUUCCUGAUCCACCAAACAUGUCUGAAGAACUAAUCCGAAUGAAAGCUAAAGAAAGACACUUCCUGGAGCAAUUACUGGAUGGAAAAAAACUGGAGAACUAUAAAAUUCCAGUACCAAUCAAAGCAGAGCUUCGAAAAUAUCAGCAGGAUGGAGUAAACUGGUUGGCAUUUCUCAAUAAAUACAAACUUCAUGGAAUUCUCUGUGAUGAUAUGGGUUUAGGAAAAACUUUACAAUCCAUUUGUAUUCUUGCAGGAGAUCAUUGCCUCAGGGCUCAAGAAUAUGCAAGAACAAAACUGGUGGACAGUGUUCCUCUUCCCUCCUUGGUAGUGUGCCCUCCCACACUUACAGGACACUGGGUGGAUGAAGUGGGAAAAUUCUGCUCAAAAGAGUAUCUUAAUCCUUUGCACUAUACAGGACCUCCUACUGAAAGAGCAAGAUUGCAACACCAGGUGAAAAGACACAAUCUCAUAGUGGCUUCAUAUGAUGUCGUGAGAAAUGACAUUGACUUCUUCAAAAAUAUUAAAUUUAACUACUGCAUUCUUGAUGAAGGCCACGUAAUAAAAAAUGGAAAAACAAAAUUGUCAAAAGCAGUAAAACAACUGACUGCCAAUUACAGAAUAAUUCUUUCCGGAACCCCAAUACAGAACAACGUCCUAGAGCUGUGGUCAUUGUUUGACUUCCUUAUGCCAGGAUUUUUGGGUACCGAACGCCAAUUUGCAGCUCGUUAUGGCAAACCAAUAUUGGCAAGUAGAGAUGCCCGAAGCUCUAGUCGUGAGCAAGAGGCUGGUGUUCUUGCAAUGGAAGCACUGCACCGCCAAGUGCUGCCAUUCCUGUUAAGGAGAAUGAAAGAGGAUGUACUGCAAGAUCUUCCACCCAAAAUUAUUCAAGACUAUUACUGUAUUCUCAGCCCUCUACAGGUUCAGCUUUAUGAAGAUUUUGCCAAGUCUCGUGCCAAAUGUGAUAUUGAUGAAACAGUUUCAUCAAUUUCAUUGACUGAAGAAACUGAAAAACCCAAACUGAAAGCUACAGGUCAUGUAUUUCAGGCUCUGCAAUAUUUACGGAAACUAUGCAACCAUCCAGCAUUAGUGUUAACAACCCAGCAUCCAGAAUAUAAGAGAAUUACAGAGCAACUUGCAGCUCAUAAUUCGUCCCUUCGAGAUAUCCAGCAUGCACCUAAAUUGUCUGCUUUAAAACAACUGCUGCUGGACUGCGGUUUGGGGAACGGUGGAUCUUCAGAGAGCGGCACCGAAGCUGUUGUGGCCCAGCACAGGAUACUCAUCUUCUGCCAGCUCAAGAGCAUGCUGGAUAUAGUGGAGCACGACCUUCUGAAGCCCCACCUGCCCACGUCCCUGCGACUAGAUGUCAGCAUGCCUGCUGGCCAGAGGCACUCCAUCGUGUCCCGGUUUAAUAAUGACCCAUCUAUAGAUGUUCUUUUGCUUACCACACAUGUUGGUGGAUUGGGACUUAACUUAACAGGGGCUGACACAGUAGUCUUUGUGGAACACGACUGGAACCCAAUGAGAGACCUGCAAGCCAUGGAUCGGGCACAUCGUAUCGGACAGAAACGUGUUGUUAAUGUAUAUCGCCUGAUAACUAGGGGAACUCUGGAGGAGAAGAUUAUGGGUCUUCAGAAGUUCAAAAUGAAUAUUGCAAAUACAGUGAUUAGCCAAGAAAAUGCUAGCCUACAAAGCAUGGGAACAGAACAGCUUCUUGAUCUGUUCACUCUUGACAAGGAUGGAAAAACUGAAAAAGCAGAUACCUCUACCUCUUCUGGGAAAGCAUCAAUGAAAUCAGUGCUCGAAAACCUUGGAGAACUAUGGGAUCAAGAACAGUAUGACACUGAAUACAGUCUUGAAAACUUUAUGCAUUCAUUAAAAUAACCAUCAUAAAUUCUUAAUGCAACUGCUGCUAGUUCACGUAUUUUUCUGCUGAUAUUCAGCAAACUUCAAAGCAUAAAUAGUGAACCUUUAGCUUAAUGUGUAAAUAGACUUAAUUGAAAGAAGAAUCUUCAGAAGACUGGCACUCAGGUGUCACCUGUUUCACUGGGGAGUUACUCUGUCUUAAACAUUUGCACUGUAUAAAAACUUUAAAUGUAAACAUUGUGAGGUGGUUCCAAUUUUACUUGUUCUGAACAGCUGCAAAUUCUUACUGGGUAGAGGAAUAAAACAAGGCAGGUUUUUACAUAUGUUAACAAGUGUUACUUCUGUUUGAAACAAGUCCACCAUUAUUUCUUCCUGUAUCUAUAGAAGUUUUGUACAGAUGUUUCAGUGAGUACUUCAGGUUGUGCAGUGUACAUUUUUUUCUUUUAACCACAACUUGCUUUUAAGAUGUAUUAAAAAAACUUUUCAACUUAAACGUUCAUUCAGAUCAUUUCAGGACUUGCAUUACCGGAGGCAAAGCCUAGAAGCCUUGAAAAUGUUGGCUAAUUAAAUGGCACUAGGUAGGUGUACCCACCUUUGUAUAUU